GCUUCAACUUGCUACCGGUAGUAAUGUCUUCUAUUUUAUUCGCGCUCCAGUUACUUCUUCUCAUCAAAACAUGUGCCGCAAAAGGACCAGCGUCUUCGGUGACCAGCGAAUUUUGUAUACGUUCAGGGGGAAAGAUAUGGCAUACGCCGGCAGACGACUCGGUCGUUUGCGUUUACAAGGUGCAAAAUGAAAAGAGACAACUGGAUUUAACUCCAGAUCACGGUGAACCGAACAGGGUGCCAGACGGGAGUCUGAUGCCAUCAAUUCUGCCGCCAGGUUAUGGUGAAUCAGAUAGGCUGCCAGAUGGAAAUAUAUUGCCACCAUUUCUGCCCUCAAAUUACGGUAAACCACCCACGCUGCCAGAAGAAAGUAUGAUGCCGCCAGUCCUGCCCCCAGAUUACGGUAAACCACACUGGCUGCCAGAAGGAAGUAUGACACCGCAAGUUCUGCCCCCAAAUUACGGUAAACCACACUGGCUGCCAGAAGGAAGUAUGACGCCGCCAGUUCUGCCCCCAGAUUAUGGUGAACCACCCAAGCUGCCAGAAGGAAGUAUGAUGCCGCCAGUUCUGUCCCCAGACUAUGAUGAACCACCCAGGCUGCCAGAAGGAAGUAUGACGCCGCCAUAUUUGCCACCAGAUCGCGGUGAAUCUACUGGACUGUCAGACCGAAGUUUGAUGCCAUCAGUUCUGCCUCCAGAUCACGACGGACUGCCAAACGGAAUUACAAUGCCCCCGAGUCUGCAUCACGGUGGACUGCAAGACGGAAGUACAAUGCCACCAAAUCUGCCCCCAGAUCACGGUGGACUGCCUGACGGAAUUACAGUGCCGCCGAAUCUGCCCCCAGAUCAUGGUGAAUUACCAGAAGGAAGUACAAUGCCACCGAAUCUGCCCCCAGAUCACGGUGGACUACCAGACGGAAUUACAAUGCCGCCGAAUCUGCCCCCAGAUCAUGGUGGACUGCCAGACGGAAUUACAAUGCCGCCGAGUCUGCCUCCAGAUUACGGUGGACUGCCAGACGGAAUUACACUGCCGCCGAAUCUGCACCCAGAUCACGGUGAAUUGCCAGAAGGAAGUACAAUGCCACCGAAUCUGCCCUCGAAUCGCAGUGAACUGCCAGAAGGAAGCACAAUGCCACCGAAUCUGCCUCCAGAUCGUGGUGGACUGCGAGAAGGAAGUACAAUGUCACCAAAUCUGCCUCCAGAUCACGGUGGACUGCGAGAAGGAAGUACAAUGCCACUAAAUCUGCAUCCUGGUUAUGAUGAUGCUCCUAAAACACCUAAUCGAACAAUGUUGCCACCGAAUUCGAAUGGAGCAAACGCUGAAGCCUUCAGUCCAUCUUGGGAAGGAACGUCAGCAAGCCCAGAUGGAACAAACGCUGGAGCCUUCAGUUCACCAUGGGAUGGAACAUCAGCGUUGCCAGCUCCGGGUUAUGUUGAUGUUCCUAAGCUACCUAAUCGAAUAAUAAUGGAGAUAUUGCCACCGAGUCCGACUCCGGGUUAUGUUGAUGUUCCUAAGCUACCUAAUCGAAUAAUAAUGGAGAUAUUGCCACCGAGUCCGAAUGGAGCAAACGCUGGAGCCUUCAGUCCACCUUGGGGAGGAACAUCAGCAAUACCAGAGUCACAUUCGCAAACACUGUCACCCACAUCGCCUCCUCGUACGUAUCCGAGCAACCCAGAUCAUUCUACUGAAGAAGACACGGAAGUGACUAAGCCUCCUGUAGGACCCAUGUCAACGGCGUGCCGAGCUCAAGUCAUGUACCUGCAUAAUUUAUACAGAAUCUUACUUGCUGAAGGGUUGAUCAGAAAUGGAAAACGGGGUAAACCCAAUCUUCCCAAAGCAGCGAAUUUAUAUAGAAUGCGUUAUGACAUGGAUUUGGAAGCAGAAGCGCAAAGAUACGCAAACACUUGUCCAACAGCUCCUUCAUCCGUCUCUUCGAGACCAAAUUCUGGUGAAAACUUCGAGAUCGUGUAUAAAGUCUCAUCCUGCGAGUUUCUGAUCCCGGAGGUGCUAGAAUCUUGGUGGUCACAAAUUGCUUACAGCGGAAUGAAUAUAAAGGUGCCGUACAAUGAUUUUCUAGAUUCCGAGCCCGCUCCUUCGAAAUUUACGCAGAUGGGAUGGGCAGCUACUUACAAAGUCGGAUGCGCUAUGAAGGUUUGCGGUCACGUAACUGUUGUAGUGUGCAGAUACAGACCACGCGGAAACAUACCAAAUGAGUAUGUCUACCGACGAGGAAAUCCAUGUGCCGAUUGCUCGUCUACAUGUAAAGAGGGACUUUGUAACGCUCCUGCAUAACAUUGGGUGACCGAGAUGAACAGUUGCGUUGUUAUCCUGAUGUUCAAUAAAAAAUGAUAAAGUUUAAAUCCAUGA